AUGGAACUGCGAGAUCCCAUGCUGCUGGUCAUAGCUCGUUGGGUAUUUGGUAGUAUUGGUAUCGUUGCAAAUACAAUUGUCAUAAUUGUGUUCGUCUACAACAAGACUUACAAAAAGUCUUUGUCUUUCAAAUUACUUCUCCAUCAGACUGUGAUUGAUUUGAUUGGCUCUUUGAUGUUUUUGAUCUUCUACAACAUUGAGAUUCCUGAUGGCACUGGUGGAACCCUAUUCUGUAAAAUGCGGUUUUUCUUCUUCUACGCGUUUGCAACAUCUAUUUACAAUUUUGUUGUGCUUACAGUCGAACGGUAUAUUGCUGUCGUCCAUCCAUUAUUGUAUCGCCAAAAAUCCUUGAGUGGGAAAAUUACAUAUCUGUCGCUCAUAAGUCCCCAUGUAUGUGGUGUGCUUAUAAUGAUGUUUAUCCUUAUAUUUGCAGACGUUGAUCCAAACAUGAAAAUAUGUAUUCUUGAGGAAAUGCAUACUGUAGCUGGUAUAUUAAUAAUUGCAUUUCAGUUCCUGGUACCCAUUUGCAUUAUGCUGUAUUGUUACGUGAAGAUGCUGUUAAAGUUACACAAGACACGAAUAGUUAAUCACAAACUUCCAAAUGAAAUUCAAUCAAGAAAUGGUGGACGAGCUCAAAGAAUCGAAUCAGAUCUGUUGACUAGUACACUCAUCUUAAUUGCAUUUGUUUAUAUUGUUACUAUAACUCCAGACUGCGUUGGUUUGUUGAUGUAUUUCUUCGUAUGUCAUUGUGUUAGUUACACAUUCCUUGAGGUGUGUGUGUUGCUGCUUGAUUUGAAUCUUACCAUUAAUCCAUUUAUCUAUUGUAUGGCGUGCAAGGAUUUUCAACGAGGACUUCGAAAAAUCAAGGAUGACAUAUUCAAUGGUUAG